UCCCCCAAAAUCAUCACCGAACCAGCAGCAGCAGCUUCGUCCUCUUCUUCUCUGCCACCCCAUUAUAUAAACGUCUCAUUUCUUCCACUCUUUUGUAUACAACAAACAAAGAAAAAUCCAACAAUUAAUCUCUCCUCUCUCUUGUGUACGUAAAAAGAUAAGGUCGAGUACAGUUUUCAUUUGAAAGAAUACUCUGUUAUCCCAACAAUGGCUUCUUCUUCCUCUGUUUUAUUCAAACUUUUCACUUUUUUCUCACUGUUCCUUUUCUCUUCUGCUUCUGGAACGUUGGUUUUCCCGUUAACGCAUUCUUUUUCAAGAACCCAAUUCAACAGUACUCACCAUCAUCUCAAAUCCACCACCGUUCGCGCCGCCUCUCGUCUCCACCACCACCGUCAUCCACACCGUCAAGUUUCUCUACCUCUCACUCCGGGAAGUGAUUACACCCUCUCCUUUUCACUUGGGUCUCAAACUAUUUCUCUGUACAUGGAUACUGGUAGCGACGUCGUUUGGCUCCCUUGUCACCCCUUUGAUUGUAUCCUCUGUGAAGGCAAGUACAACCCCAUCUCUAUCCCUAACCCUGGCCCUAUUAAUCUUACCUCCGCCGUCCCUGUCUCAUGCAAGUCACGUGCUUGCUCCGCCGUCCACUCUUCUCUACCGUCCUCCGACCUCUGCUCUAUUGCGAAAUGCCCACUUGAAGAUAUUGAAAUUUCUGAUUGCAAAUCCUAUUCGUGUCCCCCUUUUUACUAUGCUUAUGGUGAUGGAAGCUUCAUCGCGAAGCUAUACAGUGAUGAAUUAGCAAUACCCAUGUCGUCUCCGUCGUUGAAUUUGAAGAAUUUUACAUUUGGGUGUGCUCACAGUGCUCUUGGUGAACCCAUCGGGGUAGCUGGGUUUGGCCGGGGGACUCUUUCGUUGCCUGCGCAACUCGCGAACAACUCACCGGAAAUCGGAAAUUACUUCUCUUAUUGCUUGGUUUCACACUCUUUUGACACCAAUCGAGUUCAUCGUCCGAGUCCGCUCAUUCUCGGUCGAUACUCAGUAGAUGAAAAGAUGAAGCAGAUGAAGAAUUAUUUCAUCGAUUACGCUUACACCCCAAUGCUCGAAAACCCAAAACACCCAUAUUUCUACAGUGUCGGACUCGAAGCAGUAUCAAUCGGGAAAACGAAAAUUCCGGCACCGGCGAGCUUACGGCGAGUUGACAGAAGAGGAAACGGCGGGCUGGUGGUGGAUUCCGGUACGACUUUUACUAUGUUACCUUUGAAGUUCUAUGAAACAGUAGUGACUGAAUUCGACCGAAGAGUUGGACCGGCUUACAAACGAGCGAACCCGGUUGAGGAAACAACCGGGCUUCGCCCGUGUUACUACAUGGAUACCGGUUCUUCUUCUUCUUCUACUUCCGGUUCAACUGUUCCACAGCUGUUAUUACAUUUUGGGGGAAAUUCCAGUGUGGUGAUGCCUAGGAGAAACUAUUUUUAUGAGUUUGUUGAUGAUGAGAAAGUGAAGAGAAAAGUUGGAUGUGUAAUGCUGAUGAACGGUGGUGAUGAAGGGGAAAGUGGGCCCGGAGGGAUAUUAGGAAAUUAUUUUCAACAAGGAUUUGAAGUUGUUUAUGAUUUGGAAAAGAAAAGAGUUGGAUUUGCAAAGAGGAAGUGCGCAUCUUUGUGGGAUAACUUGAAUCGGCACUAACGUGCGCUCUUGCGUAGGCUAUGGAAUUUGGACGUUGACUUUGAGUCUUUGACUUUCAGAAUCAAGUCAAGUAGGGUCGGGUUGGGUCAAGGAUAUUUUGAGAAUAAAGGUUUUUUUAUUUAUAAAUAUUUCUGUUGUUUUAUUGUAUAGCUGGAGUUUUGGUACAUAUUAGACAAAAAUAAUGAAAAAUAGAAAGGAGGACGAUGAGAUAAAAUGUGGAUGUAAUUUUUUGGCAAUUGGAUUUGUUAAUUAUUUUGUAGAUUAUGUAAA